UCGUUUGCCCGCCACACCUCGUCGUCGCGCCCUACCAGCGCCGCCAUGACCUCGCCGAUCAGCCCCGAGAACGGCCACGUCGCAAGCUCACUCGGCACGCGCAGCUCGGGCGGUGGACUCGAGCCGGCCUCAUCAGCCGCUGGGUCGGGACCAGGAGGAGGGUCUCCCUUCAAGCGGGACCGCAAGGGCAAGGGCAAGGAGGGCUUUGGCUCGUCGCCCAUCUCGUACCUGCCGCUCGAGGUCCUCGCGCACGUCUUUGCGCAGCUCCCGCCGCACGCUCUCGGCACCUGUCAGCUGGUGUGCCGCCUGUGGAACGACGUCGUCGCCGACGAGGGCAGCUGGAGGACGGCGUUCGAGACGUACUACGGCGUCGAGCCGAACUCGCUCGGGCGCAGGCUCGAGCCGGCCUCGUGGCGGUCCGAGUACAUCUCGAGGGUUUCGCUGCUGAGGCAGUGGCACCGCGCCCGCACGCCCACCGUCAUCCACAACCCGUCGCUUGGCGCCAUCCACCACCUGCACAUCACCCUCCCCGCCGCCGCAGCCACCGCACCUGUCCCUUCCCUCCUGCGCGGCACCCCUCGCUCCGACAUCCCUUCCUUGACGACCACGCCGGCGCUUUCCGUCUCGCUCGACCUCGGCGCCGCCGUCCACUCGGCCCCGUUCACCGGCAAGCUGUCGAAGCGGCCGCUCCUCUCGUCGCCGAUCGACCACCUCGGCCGGCCCGUCGGCCUCCCCAUCCUCGCCGCCACGUCGUUCGCCCUCUCGCCCGACGGCACCCGCCUCGUGUGGGGCAUGCGCGACGGUUCGCUCCGGUUCGCCAACAGCAGCUCGACGAUCGGGUCCGGCGGCCGCGGCACGCCCGGCGGUGCGCUCGAGGCGGGCGAGGUGCGCUCGGUCGAGCCCGGGGGGACAGCGACGACGGCGCACCGCGAGGGCACGCCCGUGCACCGCGUCGCGUUCAGCAACGCCGGCGGGACCGGCGGCGGGCGCAUCCUCCGAGGCGCGAGGAAGCAGCGCACCGACAUCUUCGUGUCGGCCGCAGCUGACGGCGUUGUCGCCGUCUGGUCGCUCGCCGUGCCGCCUGCGCCGGGCGCGAGAGAGAGGCCGGCGCCGGCGGUCAAGCUCUGGCAAGGGCGGUGGGACGUCGUUGUCGACGCGCCGCCGCCGCCGACCGCUGCAGCAGCCGCGCCCGCGACGGCGGCUGCGAUCGCGGCGGCGACGAGGCCGAGGGUCAAGCCGACCGCGCUCGCGUUCGACGCCGGCUGGCUCGGCCGGCAUCACGGUCGGCCGGCGAGCGUCGCCGUCGGGCGCAGCGACGGCAAGACGGUCGUCUGGCCCGCCAUCUCGCUCGAGGAGGCGAGCUUGACGAGCGGCGCGAGCUUGUCGGCCCACGUCCACGUCCUCAACGCUCGCGGCGUCGGCCCGGUCGACACGCUCGAGCUCGACCCGCCGACCGAGGGCUCGUCCUCCCUUGGGCUCCUCGUCCACCAGGCCGGCGCGUCAACCUUCUCGCGCCACGUCUUCGCCUCGGCCGCAGAGCCGCCCAAGCGCACCCUGUUCGGCCACCCGGCGUCGGUCCAGCUCUCGGCCAUCACGGCGCUCGCCGUCGACUUCGACGACCCGCCCGCGCUCAACGGCCCGUCUAUCCCGGCUACGCCUGCCGAGGGCAAGAUCACGUUCGCCCGACCUGCCGAGCUCAAGACGCACGCCCUCGCCUCGAACGGCGCGGCCUCGUUCUUCCCGCCCGCCCUCUCGCGCUCGACGUCCGAGUUCUCGGUCUCGGUCUCACGCCCCGAGUCGCCGUCGCACGAGCUCGACGUCGUCCCUCGGUUCGGCCGGCGCAAGUACGUCGCGGCGGGCGACGCCGAGGGGAGGGUGUACCUGUGGGACUGGGAGGCGCGGCAGAGCGAGGACGAGCAGGAGAGGGGCGACGUCGUCGGGCCGGGCAAGCAGGUGCAGGGGACCGAGUUCGAGGACGGCGGCGGGCAGGCGAGCAAGGUGACGGCGCUCGAGUUGACGGACGUCGGCGUCUUUGUCGGCGGCCUCGACGGCACGCUCCGCUUCUACUCGUCCCUCGGCUCGUCGACCGCCCUCUCGCCGCCGAUCCGCUCGUUUCGCGACCGCUCGGCGCCUCGGCACCCGUCUCGCCUCCUCGCGCACGGCCUCGUCGCCGAGGACGAGGAGGAGCGCUGGCUCGUGAGCCACGUGCGCGCCAACCGCGACGCCGUCGUCGCCGCGAUCGGCGGGAGGGUCCUCGCGUGGCGGGUCAGCAGCGAGGUCAAGAAGAAGGCGGGCAAGCCGACGGGCGGCAAGCUCACGGCUCGCCAAGAGCGCUUCAAGGCCAACAUGGAGCUCCAGCACCAGGUCCGCGAGUCGAUCUCGGCCAUCUUGGUCGAGCAGGCGGCGCGAGUCGAGCGGCACGAGGAGCAGCAGCGCAUGGCGUCCGAGUUCGGCCUCCCGCCGGCGCUCGACACGAUGACGGAGGACGAGGCGGUCGCCUUCGCCCUCAUGCUCUCGGCCGAGGAGCAGGAGCGCCAGGCGCUCGACCGCAGCCGAGAGGAGACGGUCAGGGCCGAGGGCGGGAGCGGCGACGUCGAGUGGGAGCAGGUGCCGGACGAGUGGCUCGAGGGCGACGACCUGUUCCUCGACGAGGACUACGAUCGCUCUCGCGCAUCGACCUCGUCGACCGCCUACGCCUCGACCGUCAAUGCGCAAGACGACUACGACGACGACGACGAGCGCCUGUCGCAGUCGACGAGCCGGGUCCCCUCUCGCACCCAAUCCUUGUCGACCUCGCUCUCCGUCCCCUCCUCGCCUUUCCUUCGCGGUCACUCGCUCAGCCCUGCGCCGAGGAGGCGAGCCGGAUGGCGGUUUAGACGACGGGCAGGGCGACAGAGCGAGGAGCAGAUAGAACGGGCGGGUGUAUCUCGAGCUGCAGGUCCAGCGG